AUGAUCCAGGGAUGCUGUUAUAGCGGCACCGAGCCUCACCAGCAACAGCAUCACCCGUCAGCCUCCUCGGGUUCAACUGCGGCUAAACGCACCGCGCCGGGCUCCCUGUCAUACGGCACGGCGGAGCAGCAAGGAGAUCCCUGUCCCCUCCGCGCAAAAUCGUUUCUCCCUCCUCCUCCUCUAUCGGCAUUUGAGAGCGAGCAUCAUCAGCAUCAGCACCGCCGCCUCGAAACCAGACCAGCAGGCACACAGAGAGGUGUCUCAUCCACGUUUUUAACAGGAGCACCGCGUCUCAAGGCACAUUUCUACCGCGGGGAUUGCACCGUCUUCGGCAUUUGCAGGCUUCUUAGAGCAUGGAAUCGGACUAAAGGAAUGGCUUUACGUCGGAAAGGUAAGCGGGCACGUUCGGUUCCGGCCUUUACUGGGCUCAGUGGGUGAGAUCGGCUACAGUGCUGCUUGGCUAAACGAGGCUCGGGGUGGCUGAGACAACACGAGUGCACAGGAAAUGUUUAAUGUCAGCUGUUCAGAUAUGCCGUGCGGUGCAGUGGGACGUGUGUGUGCGCGCGCGUGUGUUCAUGUGUGUAACAGAAAGAGAGGGAGACAUUGAGGUAGAGUGCGUGCGUGCGUGAGUGAGUGAGAGAGAGAGAGUGAGUGCGAGCUUGUGUGUGUAUGCAUGGUGCGGUUAUGAAAAUCAGUGCACCUCCUUUGAAGUAUAGUGAUGCAGACUUUGUGCACAAACCUGUCCGUUUGACACGCAGUCUGAAUGAUGACAUUCCCGGCACACGGAGCUGCAGCUCGCCUGCUUCAUGUGUGCAUGUGUCGUGUUCGUUUUGCUUCAGCAAACGUUUGCAGCCUUGAGCUGUUUUGCUCCGGUCCUGGCUCGUCCACUCCAUCUCCAUCAGCAUUGAGGUAGCCUAAUGAUGCCAGCAGGGCCACCGGAGAUCCAGGGGCAGUAGAUCUCUCUGACUCGCGCCUUCUGUCUUAAUACAUCCACGCAGACUUUACCGGGCCCGGGCCAGACACCACCUGCACCUCCACCAGUCCAGCAGCACCACCAGCACAGGUCCAACAGGCACGUCAGGACACAUUUGAGCACUGUGACCUGCUUCACUCUGCUGGUUUUCACACCUCUCACAUGAACUUCUACCCUCCUGCGUGUUGCUGCAGCCGGUGAAGCAUUCCCGUGACUAACUACAUUUAACUGCAUGCAAUUCAUAUUUUUCCACACUGGCUGUGUUUUUAAACGUGCAGUGCUAAAUAAUUAACAUCAGCAAAUGCAUUUUGAUAAAUCAUAAUUAUUGUGAAGGCAGUGAAAAUUGCAGCAGUAUGGAUGUGCUCCGAUGGAUUUAAAUUAGACCUCCUCACUCCUCUCCUUCACAGUAGAUUAUAAAUAAUUGCUUGGAGUAAGCCACUGGAGGCAUAUUUCCAAUAGAUUAAUAAUUAAGCAAGCAAAAGAAAAAUAAUAAUAAAUCCUAAUAUUAAUAGUAAUAAGAUGUCUAAGUUAUUAUCAUAGAUAUUUUCUAUUAACAAGCAACUUUUAAAAAAGCAUCCCACACUUUUCCUGCUUGGCAUUUCGAUCCGGCUGUCCUCGUCUAGGAAAUGGAACAGAGCCUCAUCUCUUUAAUUUAAAAAUGCAAAUGCAUUGUAAUCAGAAACUCCAAUUUAUCAAUAUGUCUCAUACAUGGAUCAUCUAAUGCACCACUCCUCCAGCCAGCCACUGUCUGGGAACUCUAUUGAUGUUUAGAUUGUUUCACUCAUCAGGCAAACCUGCUCUCCUCUGUGUUAUUUCAGGAUCCAAAACAAAACAAAACAAAAAUUAGCUUUAAUUUACAGCCUGUAGACUGGAACACAGAGUGCACGGUGUGUCACUGCCUUACCUGGAGCUGCUGAACACAAUGACACAGCCACCGUACUUAAUUCUUCUAUUGCCCGCACCUUAUUGAAAGUGAUAAUAAAACCGAGGCAGUCUGUCUUUGCUCUUUGUGAUUAAUAGGGAGCAUCUGUGUAUGGAGGUUAGAUUAUACACAAACACACACACACACACUCCUGCUGUGCCUUUUCCAUGCACAAACAAACAAACAUACACACACCAUAGAGUCACAGGAAGAAGAUGAGGAUGAUGUAUAGGAUCUGGGGAGGAUGAUGAUUGUAAUCCUACCUUCAUUUCUCCCUCUCUGCUGUUCUUUAGUGUGGUGCUGAUAGGACGUGUGUGUCACUGCCUGGGGCUGCACAUGCUAUUGUCUGGUGAACUGUGUGUGUGUGUGUGUGUGUGUGUGUGUGUGUGUGUGUGUGUGUGUGUGUGUGUGUGUGUGUCAGUGCUUGUUGUGUGUUGCUUGUUGUGGCUGGUAUUUUCGGGCCCUUCAGGCUGCUGCUCUGGAGAUACAGAUGAACAGUGAUUAGUGUGCAAACUCUAAAUGCCACACCCAUUAUGGCGACACCUUUACAAUUACAAGACUGGUCCUUGAGUUGAAAUGUCACUCUAAUACACGUGACGCACUGAUAAGUCAUUGGCAUUUCUGUCAGUUAACAAACUCAGCAUGACUAAUCAAUCAGUCUGAUUUUCAGGGUUUCACUUCUCCAACUGUCCAACUAACUCUGGUCUGCUCUCAGCAGCAGUUGGUGGGCAGCAUUUGCCGCUAAGCUAAUUAUCAUCUUCAGCUGUUGCACAAACUCUUUUCACUGUUCUGACUUGUUGUUAAUCUGGUGCACAUGCAGUUUUGGAAACCAAAGGCAGCUCGGCCUCUUUGGCUUCUAGUCGCAUCAUUAUUUCAGUGCAACUUCCUGACAAUUCGGGCCCCAAGUGCAGACUGCUAGGAUACUGCCGUUUUUCUGUCAGCACAUCCCGUUGUCCAGAGUCAAGAAAACACUGACAAAAAAAUCUUGGCUUGUGUCUAAUAAUUUGUGUUUUUCUGAGAUUUGAGUGAUAUUGCAUGGCCUUUGGAUAGCGCAGCACUGAGCGAGACAGCGGGGGAGUUCUUUUUGUUAUCCAGCCCUGCAUUAUUUAUGAAUUUUCAUUCCAGGAAUGCAGUAGCCCCUGGCACUGUAAUGCUUCUCUCUCCCAUGGAAUCGCUCACACAUUUCCCUCCUGCCCAACAAGUUUGCUGCAAAAACAAAAUUUCCUUAAUAAAAUUGGGGUCAUGAAUUUGUGAGGGGACAAUACAAAAUGUACUGGAGGUUGUUGAUAAUAUUGAGGACAUAACUUAGUGCUGCAGUCAGAGUUUGGGCUCACAGGCGAUAUGAGGCCCAGUGGGAGUUUUUAUCCCCCCCUCUCUCCCUUUGCAUGUCCAUCAUAUGGGAGGAGUGUAAUUGCUGGAGAAGCAUAAAAUGUGUCAGAGCGUUCGCCACCCUGCUGAUAUUUUCAAAGUAAAAGAACCCGCGCCAGUCGGGUAAUCAGGCUGCUCGACCAUUAGACUGUCGCACAUAAACACACACGCGCGGACACAGACUCGCACAGACACUCGGAGAUGUAACAAUUGUACAACUUCAAAUAUUUACCUUCUCGCUGCAAUACUGCUCCAUCCUCAAGAGGAAUUGUUUAACAAAUCCUGCAGUGCUAAUUAGGGUUUCCUCUUUCAUUCGUCUGUGCUCGGCCUCUGCAGCGAGGAAAUUACCCGCACUGCCAUCAAAAACAAUGAAAAACAAAAGCAGUGUAAUAUCACCAAAUUACCCCAUAAAAAUCUUAUAUGGCAGUGUAGGCCCAGUGUUUACAGUUGCACUGACAAUUAAUGCGGCCGGCACAGCAAAGCAUUCUGGGCAGAGCUACACUUUUACUUAUUAGAUGUGAUGAAUAUGGAAAGCUUUGGUUCAACAUCUGUCCUCUCUCUUGACCAGCUGACUGACAGUUAAUUAUCACUAUCCCGUUUUAUGAAAUGAUAAAGCCUUUUACAGACAGAACAGCCUUUCAUGAUGUACGUGUGCAGUUGAUAUGAGAAUUUAUUCCCACUUUAUUCCCACUUGUAGGAUGUCAACCAUUGACAAAUGCUUGUUGAUUAAAGCUCCUGUAGGGAACUCUUCAAUUGUGCUGAAUGUGGCAUCGCCUGUGGGCAAAACAUGAGUAUUUAUCUUACAUUUAUUAAUUUAUCUACAAGGAUCUCAUUCUGCUCUCUUAUGUCUCAUUCAACCAAAGCCUUAGUCAUUAAAAAGGUUAAAAAAUGUGUGUGAAUUGAUCACCUACCCCUGCCAGUUGUUUUCUGACAUUUAAAAUAACUUUAUAGGGGCCGGGGUCUUGUUUGCUUUAUCAGGUUAUGAGGGUGCAUCGACAUUAAAAAGGUGUAUUUUAUAGCCAGCUUAAAACUCCUCACAGAAGCUUUAACCUCUUUAAACCCAGUAUCGCCCUUUGAUCCAACUAAAUUCCCCAGCAUCAUGUACUUUAGUACAAAUGUUCAAAGUAGGCUCUUUUUUUUCUCCUUAUGCUAAAGUAUUCCCAUACAACACAGCUUAUUUGAGCGUGGAAACCAAAAGCAAACCAACAGCAACACAGACAGUGACAGAAAUAGUAUCAAAACCCAAAUCACCUUCAGUUACCAGUGUUGCUACCAAACACACAAACGAACAUGAACACACAAACAUGCAGUUUAUGCCCGAGGCGUUCUGCUUUAAAGUAUUUGGCAAAGUCUCAGCUGGCAGCUCCAGCCCUCUAUUCUUGCUUGUCUUCUCCCAUUGUGCUGUGGGCAAGAGUCAAGAACUAUAUACAGUUGAAUAAGGCGCAGGGUGUUAUGUGAGUUUGUAUCGUGAAAAAUGCAGCCACAGCCUCCCGUCUCCCUCCCUCCUCUACCUUCACCACCCCACAUCCCCUCCCUUAUCCCUCUCCUUCUCCUCCUUUCACCUCCCUCCCCCAAUACCACUUCUUUCAAAUUCUAGUCAGAGGACUGAAGGAUCAGAGACACGAGAGGCUUACUGGUCAAGCCCACUCUACUUCUCUUUAAAAUAUGAGAUUAAUUUGUCAAGAGGAGUGUGUGUGUGAGUCUCUCUCUGUCCUUGUGUGUGUGUGUGUAAUGGGAGUAGUGCUGAUGGUACACACCUUGCUGGAGGGCUGCUGACACACUGGAGUGAAAGAAAUAAAGCCGAUUUUUUUUUUUUUUUUUUUGUAUGGAAGUUUUUGAGGUCUCAAUUUGUGAUAUUCUUUUAUAUUUUGCACUGAACAACUACUUUAUGAUUCAGUGGUGAACAGCUAAUUACUUUCUACUUAACAGACUGAUUCUUUGUUCUAUAAAUGUUACCAAAUUGGGGAAAGAAAAUCUAUGACAGAUUUAAAAGUAGACGGUGUUAGUUCAAAAGGCCUGUUUUGGUAAUUGGUUGUCAAAUGCCAAAGAAAUGAGAUAAAACAUUUAUUAGAGGAUAUAAAAAAAAUGAGGCUGGAAUUCAUGCCAGUGUUGUUAACAUUUUUAGGGAAAUUAAAUGACUUUGGCUUCAAGUGACCAAUUAGUGGACACAACUCUGCACAAAUACUUGAAGAUGUCUCUUUAAUUGUGUCAUUUACCUGCUUUAACACACAGGUGCUUUUUAUUCUGUUGGAUUGUGGUUUUGCUCAGGAGCUCGUUCUAUUUUUCCACUCCCUCUUCUGUAAGCUAUAGACUCAAACCACAGAAGUGUGUGUGUGUGUGUGAGCGUGCAUGUGUGUGUAGUAUUAUCCAAACACAGACACUCGUAGGACACUAACUCACUCGGACGCGUACACACACACACACACCCACAGGGACACAUUUCUCACUGCAAAUUUUUAUUCAUCAAGUCAGUGGACAACUUAAGAAGAAGAAAAAUCAAUUUUUGUUUGCCCCGCAAUUUAUCACCACAUAAAUUGUCCUUCCCUUCAGUGUGCACAUGUUGGCGUUGGUGUCAAAAUAAUUAAGUUAAAAUCCAUUAUAUUUGCUUUGAUUUUUAUCUCCCUUUUGUUGACACAGAGGACAAAAGGAAGCCGGCCUGCUUUCACUGACAAGAUACCGCCUGCAGCGUUUCACCUUCACUUUGAUCAAUGCAAAGAAAAUUAUCAGGGAUGGAUUCUGACAAAAUUAGAUCUGUUGAAUAUAAAGACAAGCCUUUCACAGUGACAUGAAAAACAGCUAAUAAUCGCAUCGAACUUUUUUCCUGUAGUAGCAGCAGCUCGGACAAAAAGGAAGUGAAGUGACCACACACCUGCUACACAUUAGCAUGCAAUAAAAAUUCAGCAACACGUUACACUCCCACAUUUGCACCUUAGAGCCCUGAUUAAUAACUCACUGUGGUAAGUUGCAUCUGCAGCUUUGUUGCAUGCCCACAGAAUGAAGUGAUUUAUUUAACGACAUAAAACACGGUGAUGGUAUACUGUACAUCUCGCCUCUAAACGAGUUCAUCUGUUUCCUGCUGACUGGUAAAUAGUCUCAUGUGUAUCAUCAGUAAUAUUCAUAGCUCUACUUUCUAGAUGAUCAUGAAUUAUUAACUCAUUGAAAAGAUGAAUAGCUCCAAAACGGUGCUUGAUGCAUCUCUGCAGGAAGCCAUGUAUAAAACACAAAACAGCACAGAACACUACAAUCAAGUUCAGUGUGUGUGUGUGUGUGUGUGUGUGUGUGUGUUUUUUUCUCUACUGUGAUGCAGGAGGGUUGUUUUGUUGUUGAGGUUUAAUUUCAGAAUGAGUCUUGAUCCACCGUGAACUCUGGGAUGUAUUUCAAGUGUGUGUAUCAUCGUCCAAAUUGACUUCUAACUGAAGAGACACAUAUUCUGUGCUGAUCGUCAGCCAAAACGCCAAGCCAAACUGCACAAAGAAAAGUGAUUUGAGAAAAAAAAAAAAGAAAAGAAAAGAAAAAAAAAUUCCCAUAUCUAUUCCAAGAAAAUCAUGGCAGCAACGUGCAUCCUCUUUUACAAGUAAAGCAGACCUAUUACAUGUUGUCUACAGAUGUAGCAAUCCUGAAAUCCCUCUUUCUACAGCAUGUUCUCCCUGCAUGUCAUCCAAACUGGAUGUGCUUACAAAGGAAAUGUUUGGAAAAUUCCUAUUGUUUUCCUCUUCAUGUGCUCAGAUGACACAAUGCUUCAUCUGACAAGCAGCGAAAUGAGUAAUGCAAAUUCUAAAGGAACAUGCCCCAUGCAGUUUGAAUAACAAAUAUCAAGGGAGGAAAAGCUCCGUGUGAAAUAAGAUACAGGGUAUAAGAAACAAAGUAUGGUAUAAGAUACUGCACGGAAAAGUGCUUAAGCUGAUUCUCUUCCACUUCGAAACGGCAAAUACAUUUUACAGUAUGCGCUAUUGAUUUCAAGCUUAAAUGAUUUGUUUAUCCAGAAAACUGCAGCUUCUCUUUUCUCUGAUGUGCAUCUCACACUUUCAGAAGGCUAAAGCUGCAGGGCUUUAAACAUCAUUAACAAUUUUUAACAGCCACACGGCCUUGUGAAUGUAAAAACUUGCAGUAUGUCCCUGAGUGAAUGCUUAACUUAACAGUAUAUACCAUAUACAGUACCUAACCCUGGAAUGCGCUGGUGGUAUGUGUUGCUAUGCGCAGAACAGGCGAACAAAAGGGAAGUAUUCGGCCCACACACAUCCGCGUCUCAACAGCUUACAAAAGAGCAGCACCAGGACCACAGUUUGUUCCCGACUGAGUCUUGUGGCCUUUGUGGUGCUGCUCUGCUGUCACGAAGUAUUUUCCUGCGUGAGAGCUGCUGAAUACUGUCUGUGUCCUUAAGCUGCGAGAGACCAGAAGAAACAGAGAGGAGGUGGAGGCUGAGAGCAGAUCUGAGGAGCAGGAGGUAGACACUGGGAGGACCUUCAAAGCGAACAUUUCAGAAUUAAACCUUCUGUUACAAACUCCUGUUAUUUUUCCAGAUGACAAGCGUCACGUUGUAACAAUGUAGAUACUGGAGGAUUAGCCCACUUAGCAUUCAGAAAUCAAUCUGCAAUGCUGCUCAACAGCAACUAGUACAUCUUUUCUGCUACUCCUCCGCCACUAAUGCUGUUCGCUCAUUUCUCCGUAAUCAACAACUUCAUGAAAGAGAUGCACAGGAAAUACUGUCUAAACAGCCAAUCACCAAAUCCAAUUUCAGAAAUCAAUGCCAUUGAUUUAUCAAUUAAUUCUGCAUCUGUAAUGCUGCCAAUGUGCUUUUCUUGGGGUGUUGGAGGUUUUAGCGGUCAAAUGCAUUAUUGAAUGGGGCUUUUUACCAAGCAGUGGCUGAUGCUGAGAGCUUAGGAGGUUGUCAGUCUUGAUGUAAAGCUUUAUUUGCAAAGUGAGUCAGUGAGAACAGCCUUUUAGUCCUGCUAGGAGGACAGUGACACAAAUUUAUCUUGUGAUAGAGGAGGAAUAUCAAAUGUGUUGAAUAAGGCUUUGCCUUGUCAGGAAUAUUGAUUAAGUGGUUUAAGGUGGUGUCUCUUGCUCCGUGUGUAUUUGUGGUCAGUUGCACAGGUGCUACCUGCAAGCCAAUGUGGUGUCAUGCAAAGGGAAUCGCGUGCACACACGUGCCACUGCGUGUUCUCCUUUUUUGUUCAUUUGUUUGUUUUUGUUUUUCUCUUAGUCUGGUUCAGAAUCAGCAAAGGGUUUCAGAUCAGAGAGCGUGCGCAGAAAUAGAUAUCCUGAAAAGAGAGUAGACUGGUGGAAGAAAAGAAGCAGCACCCAAGAUCUGAGAGAGAGAAGAAAAGUUUUAACUGUAGGAAAGAUAAAAACUGUCUUUGAAAAGUUAAAGCUUUGCUGCUCCCUCGCUCUAGGCCACGUUCAGAGGGCAUGAAUAGUGUAGGACCUUAUGGAUUUCUCCACACUGCUCAUGCAUGCGAUGCCGAUGUGGGAUUUGACCCAUGUCCACUAUAAAUAGUCAAAUGGUCCAGGAUGGUUUCUUGGCUCCUGACAGCUCCUGACAAGAACAGAUCUGCUUUGUGAGUGGACACACACUCUCUCUCUUUCUCUCUCUCUCUCACACACACACAUACACACGCAGACAUUGUCCGGCUCUUCUUCUGACACAAGCCGGCACACGCUCACUCUCGCUGGGCUUUUGUAUCACCUAUAUGGCUUGAUUUGUGAAUACACGUAUUAACCCCGGGUGUGAGGAAUAAUGGCAGUCGGCAGUGUGAUGGAGGCUGAAUGGUAAACUGCAACAUAUAGAAAAAAACAAGCCAAGGGUACACAGUCUUUGGUGAAAAGGUCAGUAAAGACUGUUGAUUCCGUGGUGCGUGGGCGUUCAAGUGUGUUGUUCGCUGCUAAGUGUGAAAUGCUUUAAGUGUGUGUGGGCGCAGGGGCCACCGAGUCGGUCUGCUGUCGCUGUUUGUCAGUGAGGUUUUUUAUCUUUGAAUCUUCUCAGGGUAACAGAAUGUAUGGACAGGUCGAGGCGAGUGUGUGUGUGUUUGUGUGUAUGUGUGUGUGCGUAUACAAGGCUGUAUGCGUUCUGCUGGUAAACCCGGCAUUAGCAGCAAGAGAUUUCAGGCUUGGUCAGCUAUGAAAGCACAACUACGUGACGGGAGUGCUGCCGCCGCCCACAGAUAGCUCGCCCUUAUCCACUAAUUAAAACCCUCUAUCAGUCCAUGUCUCGCUCGGCUAUCUCUCUAUCCUUCAGUUCCCCCCUUUUUCACACCGAAAUCUCUCCAUCUUCCAUUAUCUAUCCAUCUUUCUCUUUAUCCUUUCUCUCCAUUCAUCACUCUCUCCCUCUCUCUUCUCUCACCAGAAGCUGAGGGCUCCCAGUAGGCGGUGUUGUGUUUUGUUGUGAUUCGGGUGGUUUAGGUAUAACAGGGUCCUGUGGGUCCUUCAGGGUUUUUCGUCUGAGGUGUCCCUGUCAUAUGCCUGAGGAGCUUUGGUGGUGCUAACGAAUAGAACAGAUAGAUUUUUAAGCUCCAUACCCCCAUCUUGUUUCACACACACACAAUCAUAUGCACACCCUGACUCCAGGCGAGGCGUCUCCGUCUGACAGCUCUCUGUUUACUCCCGUAGGACCUGUAGCCUGGAUCUACAUUUGCAGCAACAGACUCUGCCUGGAUUCCUUCUGAUGAUUAAGCCAUCAUUACAGGAGACAAAAUGAAAACCUGCUAACAACAACUGAAUUGUCAAGACUUCACUUAGGCACAUCUGCAGCCACAUUUUUAUGUAUGCUUUUCUCAAGGUUUCUCAUCGUCAUUCUCGCCGCGGCCUGCGAGGCCUGUUUAGUGAGCGGGAUUAGCUCGCCUCUCUGCAAACAAGUUUCUUGGAAAUGUGCAAAGGCCAGAGCUAACAGAGAUAGUAGCUCCCUACUCACUGGGGGUCUCCAGGCUGUUAUGAAAAUAAGACCUUCUCUGCAUGCUGGAAAUGUAUGAGUAAUCCUGGAACUAUACUGUAUCAAUAAGCUGAGGAGCUAAUAUUGUUGGAUGGCACUCUGCUCUCCCCAUCUUCCUUGUUUAUUUACCAAUAUAAAACUCAAUUUCUGUGCCGUUGCCAGCCCCGGUCCCGCUCUGCCUUUUCUCUUUUUCUCCCAUUUUGCAUGCUCUCUCCUCCUGUUCGUCGCGAUUUCAGCACAUUCACUUGAGAUCGGAGAGAGUAAAUCGGUUUUGACUUGCCCUCAUGGUCCUUGCCUUUACGCAUGACGAUCUCCACUGUGCCGUUUGUGGUAUUGUUGUUGUUGUCGGACAUCUUAGGGAACCCCGCCCCACUGGAGAUGACUUGGAGCAUAAAUCCUGUUUAAAAAGAACUGUGGAUGUGAGCCUCUACCACUCCUCUAAGCAGAUUUGCAAAAAAAAAAAAAGAAAAACACACUGGGCCGUGGUUGCACUGUUUGAGCAAAUGGAGGGAUAGGAGGGGAUCAAGUGGGUGAAGAGUCCCAUUAGAUAUUGUUGCGGCUGUGUAGCAGUGGAUUAUCAUUCCCAUGUGUUUGUGUGAAAGCAAAAGUGAUAAGAGACAGAGAGAAACGGGUUAGUGGGGGGGUUGGGGGUGUUGGUGUAAUGCGAUGCAUGUGUUUCACUCAGUGUUGUCACUUUGUAUUAAUUUUAAACCGAGCGGUGAAGAGUUCAUUACACACUGAUGAAUUAUAGAUUAGAAUUAAAUUAGAAAUAAAAUCAAAGAAUAACAUAUACACGCACUGUCUGUGUUAGCUCACUCUUAAUCCUUUGUCGAGCAAACAAGGUAACAUUUUUAACCAUUUCUUUCCCACUGCACCUCCUGAAAAACAGCGUAUCACUGAGGGAGCUUUAGGUUGUGUAGACAUACCAUACACUGAGCUGAAAUUAAUACAGUACAAGAGUUAAAUCAUUAAAAUCAAUGAAUAUUACAUACUUGGGUAUGUUGGGUACAACAUGGAGAUGAUUAAGAUCAGUUGUAAGUCUCUCGCAGUACAGUGAUGCAAUAAGUUAAGCACUUAGUGAACUUGGCUAUGGGAUUCCUCGGUGCACCACGCGCCACACUCACACUCGCAUAAAAAAAAGAUGAGAGAGAUGGUGAGUAUCUCGUACUGGAGGUUUGAAUAUUCUGAUAUAAAAAAUUUACUCCAGCAUUGUGCUAAUUAUUCAAACAUUCUCAGACCCUGGAGUCACUCUCGUUUUUUUUAUAACCUGUAGAGAGCUGUAGGCGCCUGCUGCACCCCAAGUUGACUAUUCCUCAACUACAAAUCUGGGCAAGUGCUGCGCUCAGGUGGCACAUGCUGACUUGUCCUACAGAACGCCCAUGUGUUUUGUUUGAAGUGAGCUUGGCUCUAGGAAACAACCUCCAGGUUUUGACAUCAAAACCAAGAAUCAAACCCCCUAAUGGGCACCCCACUGUGGGCUAGAAUUAGCGAGAAUAACCCCCGCCAGCAGGCUUACUUCUCUAAAUGCAGCGGCCUCGGAGGACGAGAUGGAGGGCGCAAAGCUUGUAAGGUACGAGGGGGGAGAGCAAGGAUGAGAGAGAUGGAGGCAGGAGGGCAGAGGUGGACUGGUGCAAGAAAGAGGGAUGUUGAAAGAGGGAUGAAAGAGGGGCAGGGAUUAACAAGCAGAGAGGUGUGUUUCAACCAGGCUUUAUUUCAUAUUUUACACAUGGAUUUACAAGCAGGACUACACGUAAGAAGUAAAAUGAUCACUCGCUGUCUUGCUCCGUGAAAACACACAGCAGGGAAACAAGAUGGUACUUCUGCUCGCAGGAUUGCAUGCUUUCAUUCUCGCGUGUAAACGUGUGACAGACAUAAAACGGGACAGAGAGCCUCUGUGGAGACAGACAGCAGUCAGUGCCUGCAGCACGCUCAGAGCUCACAGGGUAAUGUAUACUCGCUCCUCGCCGCACCAGAGAGAAGGUGACACCAGUCAAUCCCACCCUGACAGGGCAGCAGAGAUAAUAGUGGGCUUUGAUUCCCGGCAAUAACUCCUGCCAAUCAAAUUGAGAAGCAUCGUGAUUGUAGGGAACCACGAGCGUGUGCAUAUGUGACAUAGCGUACAGUAUGCUACAGUAAUACCUGGAUAAUUGGAUGCAGAAUAUAUGAUGUUACAGAAAGAGGAGAAAUGGAUGGAAGAAAAAAGACAAGUGAUCUUUAACAGAUCUUCUGAGGUGUGGUAAUGUCUGCAGGAGGUCAGGGUGUGUGUGGGAUGGAUGUGGCCCAGUUUGUGACUGUUUGCUGUCAGGGGUCAGUGGGUGGUCUUUGUGUGGGCGUGUGUGUGCAUGCUUGUGGGGAAUGAGGAGGGUGAGUGUGAGGCCAGGGUUUGGAGUCUUUCAGGUGGAAUAAAAGCAUUACUGCAGUAGUAGAAAGGUCAGCUGUAAACUUGUAUCAGACUAGUGGUGAUCACCCUGUGCUGCAGAUCUCUGAGGUAUUGAGCAGGCACGCUCUAAUGGCUUUGAUAUAUGGACUACAGGACUCCCUGAAGAGGUCAAUACCAUAGCACUUUGUCUCUAUGAGCAAUGACCCUCUCAAGCUCCAUUUAGAAGCUUUAUAUCUGCAGGAAAUAGGCUGGAAAGGCCUCAGGCAGGGCACGGUGAAAGAGAACUAAUAUGAAUGAAGUAUUUUCUAAUCACUUCUUCAAUGCUCUAAUCGUUGUCCCAAUCAAUCAUUGGUUAUGGCCGUCUAAGCAUAUUGUGCUGGACGUUAUCAGAAAGGGAUUUUGAUGUGGUUGAGAGAAGAAGAAGGGAAUCUGAGCUGAAUAGAGCUGAAAGAGCUGAUUUAUCAUUUCUUUGUUUGGGAGGGCACUGACACUGUAAAGACUGGUUUCUAAUGGUGUUUCAUCAUUGCUUAAGAAUCUGGUGAGUCACCCUGUUUAAUGAGAGUGACAGACGGGGCGGCCUAAGCUACAAAUUUGAUGAUUUAUCUGGGACUUGUCAGUGUGGUUUUUUUUUUUUCUGUAAAAGAGAGAUAAAGCCAAAAUACAGUAGCUAACGAAAACAAAAACCACAACUGACAGGACAGAGAGCUGUGUGUGUUUUUAGCCAAUUUCUCUUCAAACACAUCCGGACAUAAUGGCCGCCAUCACAGUCCCUUCUGAGUGUAUUGAUUUGGAACUAACCUUUGGUGUGAAAUAUGAAAGGAGCCAAAUACUGUUUAUGAAUGUCUGCUGUAAUUGGAAUGAGCAGAUGUUGCCAUAUUGUUCCUCUGUGUUCAAUAACACACUUCUUGUGCUAUUUUUCUCCUCCACUCUGUCUUUUCAACCCCCUGUUUCCUUUCAUUUUCCUCCGCUGGCCCAUCCGUCUCCCUCCUCACCCCCUCCUUCUCCCUCCUCCUCCUCCUCCUCUCCAUCUUUUCUCACCUGCAGACUCUGUGCUCUGUGCUGUGGCUGUGCUGAGUGACUAA